UCUUGAUCAUCAGCUCAGCUUGCUUCUUCUUUCCGGUCUUGGGUUCAAGGUGUUGACAACCAUGAAACUUCUCAUCUUUAUCUGUCUUGCAGCUGUUGCCCUUGCCAGGCCUAAACCUCCUCUCAGGCAUCAGGAACACCUUCAGAAUGAGCCAGACAGCAGAGAGGAACUCUUCAAAGAAAGAAAGUUUCUCAGGUUUCCUGAGGUGCCUUUAUUAAGUCAGUUCAGACAGGAAAUCAUCAAUGAACUGAACAGGAAUCAUGGCAUGGAAGGCCAUGAGCAAAGGGGAUCUAGCAGUUCAUCAAGUGAGGAAGUUGUUGGCAAUAGUGCUGAGCAGAAGCACGUUCAAAAAGAAGAAGAUGUGCCCUCCCAAAGCUAUCUGGGACAUCUUCAAGGACUGAACAAAUACAAACUGCGCCAGCUGGAAGCUAUUCAUGACCAGGAACUUCACAGAACAAAUGAGGACAAGCAUACCCAACAGGGAGAGCCUAUGAAAGGAGUGAAUCAGGAACAGGCCUACUUCUAUUUUGAGCCUCUCCACCAGUUCUACCAGCUUGAUGCCUAUCCCUAUGCUACCUGGUAUUAUCCUCCACAAUAUAUUGCUCACCCAUUAUUCACCAACAUCCCUCAACCCACUGCCCCUGAGAAGGGUGGAAAAACUGAGAUUAUGCCUCAGUGGUGAAGAAUUAAGUGAAUUCUCAGGAACUCCACAAUUAUGGCCUUUGAUGUGACUGAAAAUACCAUGCUUGAAAUUUCUCCUCUCCAUCUACCAUGUAGAACCAUUUUAUCUGAAGACUUUGACUGUUCUUUUAGAACAGGGAAAUCGCAAAUCGAAGUCAAUCUUCCUUCUUGAAUUCUUUACUCUAUAUUAGAUAGCAUAUAAUCCUUUUCCUUUGGCAAAGUUGUCCUAACAGUUUAGUGUCUAAAUUUCAGUUGUAUCAUGCCAGUAGGAAGACCACUGAAUCAGAGGGAAUUAAAAGUCUUUACUAAAUUUCAAUAUGGAAAUUUUGUUUAAAAAGCCUUUGAAUUGCUUCUCCUGUAAGUGCCAUCAUUUCAAAUAAUUGUGUGCAGUGACUGAGAUUUUUCUUCCUUCUUUUCAAUAAAUUACAUUUUAAGGCA